AUGGACAAUGAUAUCGAAGCUUCGGCAAGCCAACAAAAGGAAGUGAGUCCUACUGCUUGGCCUGACGAUGACGUCAUAUCUAACAAAUCUCAAAGUGACUCUAGACCAUACACAACAACCCCUGUCGUAAGUGUGGAUAAAAUAGAUGUCGACAAGGAAAGUGACAAAGAAGUUCCGGAAAAAGAAAACAACAAAGGUUUUAGCUGCUUUGAAACAUUCAAGAAUGGAGUCAAGUCUAUAUGGGCGACAAGACAUACCUUGGGACCGGCUGAUGACAAAAAGAUCCACGUCAACACGACCGUGAAAGAACUAAUAGUUUAUCUUCUAUUUCUGAUCCUGCUCUCAAUUGUCGCCUUUGGUAUGACCAACACAUCGAUGUUUUUCGUCACUAAAGUGAUGAGUGAACUGUAUCUGGACACAAGUUCCGGGGGUGUGUCCUUCCGGUCGAUAGGUGGCGCGGAUGAUGUGUGGAAGUUCCUUCGAGGACCGUUACCCUCCUCGCUUCACUGGGAAACAUGGUACAAUAACCAGCCACUUCCUGAAAAUGGCAACGGAUAUAUUUUUCACGAAAACAAACUUCUGGGACUGCCGAGGAUUAGACAAGUUAAAGUCAGAAAUGAUUCAUGUGCAAUACAUAAAUAUUUUCGGGACUUUAUAUUUGAAUGUUAUGACGCAUACUCUGAGUCAAACGAAGAUAAGACCUCUGAAACUAAUGACACUCGAAUAAAGAACUAUACUGCAUUUACUUAUCAGUCAGAGGCUUCCUUGCGUGGCAGUAGUUAUGGAGGAGAGUUAGCUACAUAUAGUGGAGGCGGAUAUGUGCAAAACCUUGGAAAGACAAAAACCGAGACUCGAGCAACGCUGGACUAUCUUUUUACGGAAAGAUGGAUCACGCGAGGAACCCGAGCAUUUUUCAUUGACUUCUCUGUGUAUAAUGCUAAUGUUAAUCUGUUUUGUGUCAUUCGACUCAUCGUUGAGUUCCCGGCAACAGGAGGCGCCAUACCUUCGUGGAGUUUUAGAACUGUGAAGCUUUUGCGUUACGUCACAGUUUUUGAUCAUUUCGUCAUGGCUUGUGAGUUUUUCCUUGCCCUUUUUAUCGUGUAUUACAUCAUUGAAGAAAUUAUUGAGAUAAAAAUUCAUAAGCUUGCCUACUUCAAAAGCGUGUGGAAUAUCCUUGACGUCACGGUUAUCGUAAUAUCUAUUGUCUUUUUGUCAUUCGAUAUCUAUCGAACUCUUGAGGUUGACAAAAAGAUGGAAAAAUUAACUUACACUAGCGACCAUUUCGAGGAUUUUGAUUUUCUCAGUCUCUGGCAAGUCAGAUUUGACAACGCCAUUGCCAUUACAGUGUUUCUGGCCUGGGUCAAGCUGUUUAAAUACGUCAGCUUCAACAAGACGAUGAACCAGCUAUCCUCCACCCUCGCUCGCUGUGCUAAGGAUCUGAUGGGGUUUGCUGUUAUGUAUUUUAUCGUAUUCCUAGCGUUCACUCAACUUGGAUAUCUACUGUUUGGGUCUAAACUGAAAGAGUUCAGUGAAUUCGGGAGUUCGUUCUUUGCACUUUUCAACAUAAUCCUUGGGAGUUUUGAUUUCUACGCCCUGAGGGCCGUAGACCGAUAUCUAGGACCUACCUUCUUCUUUCUCUUCAUCUUUUUCAUCUUCUUCAUACUCGUCAACAUGUUCCUCGCCAUCAUCAACGACACGUACUCUGAAGUGAAGAGCGAGCUGGCUAAUCAACAGGACGAUUUCAACAUCUCGGAGUACUUCUUAAGCAAAUACAGAAAAAUGUUGGGAAAGAUACAUGCAAAAGAAGACAGGGUUCUUGAUUUGGACGAUGUUCUGAAGUAUGCUGACGCCAAUUCUGACGGGAAAAUUGACUUUGAAGAAUGGCGCCUAGACCUCAUGAAACGUGGUUACGCCGAGUGUGAAAUCGAGGCUCUGUUCUGUAAGUAUGACGCUGAUGGUUCCCGGUAUCUGGAUAAAGAAGAACAAGAGAGACUUCGACAGGAUCUAGACGCUCAGAAGAGACAAAUCAACAAGGAAUACAAUGACCUCGAGGAUAAAAAUGGUACCCAAGUCAGCGAGAAUGAUGACAGCGAUAAGGAGGAUAAUUCAGUAGCAGGCGGAUCUACACAGAAGAGGGGCGGGUUCUCGGGAGUGUUGUACGAGGAGUACACGCACCUGUGCAAACGUGUAGAGAGAAUGGAAUACACCAUCGGGGGUGUUAUUGGCCGAAUUGACUCUGUACUCUCUCGGCUGGUGAACAUCGAAAAAGCCAAGCUGAAACGACGAGACGCAAUUUCAAAGAUUUUGAAUUAUAUGAAUGAGAGUCAGAAUAACGAAGAUGGAAUGAGUAAAGAGAAAAUGCAGACCAUGAUAAAACGGGAACUAAGCAAACUUGACUCGGAUGAUACGGAUAGUACUAGAGGCCCUUCUGUGUCUACUCGGAAACCCUCUGAUAAUAUCCCUAACGACAACACGGACGAAAGCAAAAGAAUCGAGGAAACUGUCCCAACUUAAAAAUGAAAACUUGAAAAGCCUGAAAAUGUGAACCACUUAAGAAAUACAAAUAUAAUCUAUAUAUCCAACAGGUUAUCCCCCUGACGUGCAGUUCUAA